ACGUAACGGUUUUGGGUUUCAGAUAACCGGAACACAUGUAAUUCAGAUUUAGUGCCAAACAGUCGGUGUGCAUUUUCUUUGCAUAUACCUGUAGCUGCUGUCACGCUACCCACAAACGCUCUGCGCCUUUCAGAGACAUUUUCACGUCACUCUUCUCUCUUCCGAGGCGAUCACGUGACCUGCUAACGUGGCUAACUACUAGUGCGUGACCGUGGACCCACAAGCCGUCUCCUCACAGCGCGUCGUUGAGAAUGUCACAGGCCACCAAACGGAAACACGUGGUGAAGGAAGCUCUCGGGGACUUUGUCACGCCCACAGAGAAGCAGCAGAUCGUGAAGGUCACCGGUAGCCGUGGCAACAACCUCCAUGAGGCAGUCACAGCCCGGGGUGUGACCUUCCUGGUGAGCAUGCCCCCCAAGUUCCGCAAGAACCUUUGGAUCAAGAGAGGCGACUACGUGAUCGUGGAUCCCAUUGAUGAAGGAGAGAAAGUGAAGGCAGAGAUCAGCUUCAUUCUCUACAAGGAUAACAUUCAGUAUCUGCAAAAACAGCAGCUCUGGCCAGAGGGGUUUACGGUGGAGCCGGACAAAGAGCCGGAGAAGGCAGAGGAGACAGAGAAGGACGAGGACUUCAGCGGCUCAGAUGAUGACGAGAGUGACCUCUUUGUAAACACCAACCGCUGUAACUACCAGUACAGUGAGAGUGGGGAGGAGGACAGUCAGGAAGAAGCCGAAAACAGCAAAUAGGAAAGGACCGAAAAGGCUUCCUAGUGGCAACGCGCAGGACGCGGACCAUCAAGAGGGAGGGUUGCGGAAAAAAUCACGAGGCAAAGUGCUGCGCUGAGUUGCUGCUAUCACGGACUGAUUGGAAGUGAUGGUCGCCAUCCUUCGCCGCCGUCUGCACGGCUCUGCUUGACUUAAAUGAAGCAGAAGUCUUGCUCGUUUAAAUUAAUUUUUGGUACAUGCUGAAAUCGGUAAUGUCCCAUUUCAAGUGUGAGUUAGAGCUUCUUCUGAACGUGUCAUGAACUCGAGCGUGUUUGUAGUCCAAUCCAGUGAUUGUGGGAACACUACAAGGUUUACAGCAUACCGAGGCCACCCGGUACCGUGGCAGGAUGUCGAUGUGUACCGAUAAAUCCAUUCAACCCCCCUCCGUAGGAACAAAUUUGAAAUCCCCCAAAUGGCAUGACUCUAAAUUAUUUCCCGGUUGACACUAGGAUCAUGUUUAACAACACGUCUGUGGCGUGUUUGAACAUCUCUCCUGCAUUAGUGUUGCUUUAACAAGGUGGGUGUUACCGUUCCUACAGAUCUGAUUUUCAAAUGAAUACAGCCGAUUGUAUUGACGGUUUUAAAGAAAAGCUGCUUUCAGUUGUAUCGCUUUGUAUUAUUAGUUGGUCUUUGUAACUGAUUUGUGCCUCAUCUCUGUCUGACAUUCCUGGCUGAUUUUGGUUUAUGAUAAACGUUUUGGAGGUAGAUUCAUUCAUAA